UGUAGUUCAAGGUCAUUGGUUGUCGUAGCAUCACAACGGUAACUUUUGAAAAAUGCACGAAUGUUUGAGAGCAAAAUGUCAUAUCCUUGGAAGCCCAUAUUGUGGAAAAACAUCAAUUGUUCAAUCAUUUUGUAGUGGUGGCCGGGACUUCCCAAAGAACUACCUUAUGUCCAAGACGGUUGAAUUCGCUGUAAAAACAAUGACAAUACCAGAAGUGGAUGACAGCAUCGAAUUGUUCUUAUAUAAUAUCCCAGGCAAAGAAGUUUUUCAGGAUCCCAUGAAUCAUUAUAUUAAUAUGACCAACCUUAUCGUUGUUGUUUUUGAUGUAACUAACCAGGAAAGUUUCUCCAGUGCAAAGCUUACCCUGAGAGAAUUACGGAAACCUAAUAAUAUACGUAUACCGGUCGUUCUUGUGGGCAAUAAAACAGACCUGAAAGAGAAGCAUAUCAACAAUGUGGAAAAAGCCCAAGGGUUAGCGGAUGAUCUAAGCAUUCCGUAUUUCGAAACUUCUGCUAAGGAAGCAGUUGGUAUUGAUGUCCCUUUUCUACAUCUCAUUAAGGAAUAUUAUGAACUGUACAAUGAUGCAGUCAAUGACUAUCAAACUUUAGUAUAAUUACUAUAUAUAUCUUCAAUUGAUGUAA